GAUUCGAGUUGAUGGCCGAGGAAGAAUCAUCGCCACGCAAAUAGAAGUGAGUGACCGCGUGCAGCUCAUCUAGACUUCGUUCGAUUGGCCGUGCAACCCGCAGAAACGGCUGGCGCUCGGAGCGUUAAGAUUCAUCGUACGGCGGCCCUCUCCGUCGAGCGUUUAUUGUCAUCAUGGAUGCCGUCGGAGACGGAGUCUAGCCUAUUCCCAAUUGGCUGGAACGUACGGGCCGCCUUGGAUGCAAGAUUUACAAGGACGAAAGCUUUGACAAUAUGGCGAGUCUGUCAACGGAACGAGCUGUCAGUCUAAGCCGGGGGGACUCGACUGACAACCUUUUGACCACGGACUUGUCACCACCCGAAGUGCUUCUCGAGCCGACCGUCUCCGGCAAAGAUGAUGACGAGGAGGAGGAGGAGGAGGAGCCGUCGUCGCAGCGGCCGGCGGGGGCUAGCCAUCGUUCGCUUCAGAGCGCCUAUAAGAACCAGUCGUCGUCGUCUGUGUCGUCUUCUGUGUCGGGCCCGACAGCGGCGGCGCGGCCAUUGCUGACGGCCCCAUCGUUUGACCAACGCCAAGCUCCCGAUCUGGUGGACGCAUCGCCGUGGAGUUCGACUGAGACGUCGUGCCGCAGUCGAAAGAAUUCCGUUAAUCUGGCGGAUGGCUGGAACCAAGGCAACGGCCAGAACCACAACAACAACACGUUGGCCAUCAAUCAACGCCUGGGCGAUGUUGCUGUUCGGACGGCGCCUCCAUCGCAGAGCUCGGUCGACUCGGCCAUCAUCAGCACUGCGGCCGGGAUCAUUGCCGGUUGCGGGGGCCAGACGACCCGCACCAACCGAUCAGUGCCGGACAUAGAACUUCAUUAUCGGCGCGACAAUAGCGACGAGCGCGCCUGUGGAAGCGUGGGCGAGCCCAGUCCUCGGCUAUACAACCGUCACGGCCCUCAUCACUCGCAGUCGUCCUUUUCGCCGCAUUACCAUCAUCAUCACAGCUCGUUGCUGUCGCAGCAACAACAGCAACACGGUGGGCCGCCUAGCCACCUACACCAGCAUCAACAGGGUGUGCAUCACUCUUCGCGUUAUCAUCCGGUUCAUCCAUCAGUCGGUGUUAUUCCGUCUCGGCCCCGUGUCUGCGAACAUCAGCCGUUUUCAUUUUCGCUGUCGAGAGCCACGUCUCGUGAAUCGGUUCGUUCGGGAGUAGGCCAAUCGCCAUUUUACGGCCACGGGCAGGAAUCGUCUUUGAGAUUGCCCAGCAGUCAGCUGGUGCCAGAAUUGGCCGCUUCGUUGGCUACUAGUGGUUACUCGGCCGCCGGAAGCACAAGCCUUCGAGGUGAAAUGUUGCGACAACAUUCACAGCCGGAAACGUCGUGCUAUCACUGCCACAACCCGAGCACCUCGUUGCGGCAGUUGAAGGAAUCAGGCGGAUCCAGCGGCGGGGGAGGCUGUGAUAUCGCCGGCAUCGCUGCGGACACCCUUCGCAUCAAUGGCGCCAUCCGGCAGUUCCGCCAGGUAGUUUUUCCACUGCAGUCGGCGACGAAAAUCCGCCGAUCCCGCUUUCGGCGCGCCUACACCGACGCCGCCUCCGAAACGCUGACUCCGUCGACGGUGGCCGGUCAAGUCUUAGCCACCAGUGCGGUCGUUCCGCCCGUCUGCAUUACGUUGCGGAAACCGGUGUCCACACUGUCGAUACCUUCUUCCAUGAAAGCCACCGGUGGCAGCAGAAAUGACGGCAACGAAGAGGCCACCACGGCGCUGGUCAGCGUCCACUCGGAGUACCCGCGCUACACCGAGGACCGGUGCAACCAGCAGCAGCAGGUCAGCGUUAGCGUCGGAGGAAACAGCAGCGGCGGCGUCAAGUCCAGCGCUUUGGGGGGCAUUAGCAUCGCCACGACUGGCACGCCCGGAGCCGUCGGAAGUGGCGCAUCCGGCGUCGGACAGGUCAUGGCCGCCUCGUCUUCAACCGGCGGAGGAAUGGGUGUCACGCCGCUGGCCAUGGGCAAAAACCGGCCGAACGUCGGAUACCGUCUCGGCCGAAGGAAAGCGCUCUUCGAGAAGCGCAAACGGAUCAGUGAUUACGCUCUUGUCAUCGGCAUGUUUGGCAUCAUCAUCAUGGUCAUCGAGAACGAGCUGGCCAGCGCCGGCGUCUACACCAAAGCAUCAUUUUAUUCGACCGCCUUGAAAACGUUGAUAUCAGUCUCGACGGUGAUUCUCUUGGGUUUGAUAGUGGCCUACCACGCCUUAGAAGUCCAGUUAUUCCUGAUUGACAACUGCGCGGACGAUUGGCGGAUCGCCAUGACGUGGCAAAGGAUGAGCCAGAUCAGCUUCGAGCUGGUCAUCUGCGCCGUCCAUCCCAUUCCCGGUGAACAUUACUUUUUGUGGACGACGAAGCUGGCCAACCACGGCGGCGUCAUCGGGUCGAAGUGGGUCCCCGUCGACGUGGCCCUUAGUCUGCCCAUGUUCCUAAGACUCUACCUCAUCUGCCGAGUCAUGCUUCUUCACAGUAAACUCUUUACGGACGCCUCGUCGAGGUCGAUCGGCGCCCUCAACCGCAUCAACUUCAACACGCGAUUCGUCCUGAAAACGUUGAUGACCAUAUGUCCGGGCACCGUCCUACUCGUCUUCAUGGUCUCGUUGUGGAUCAUCGCCAGCUGGACCCUGCGACAAUGCGAACGGUACCACGACGAGGAGCACGCCAAUCUGCUCAACACCAUGUGGCUCAUCGCCAUCACGUUCCUGAGCGUCGGCUACGGGGAUAUUGUGCCCAACACGUACUGCGGUAGAGGUAUCGCUGUCACUACAGGCAUCAUGGGUGCUGGCUGCACGGCGUUGCUCGUGGCCGUCGUCUCGAGGAAAUUGGAGCUGACGCGCGCCGAGAAACACGUCCACAACUUCAUGAUGGACACGCAACUCACCAAGAGGCUCAAAAACGCGGCGGCGAACGUCCUGCGGGAGACUUGGCUCAUCUACAAGCACACGAAGCUGGUGAAACGCGUCGUGCCCGGUCGAGUGCGUACGCACCAGCGCAAGUUCUUACUGGCCAUCUACUCGCUGCGAAAGGUCAAAAUGGACCAGCGCAAGCUGAUGGACAACGCAAAUACCAUUACGGAUAUGGCCAAGACUCAAAACACCGUUUAUGAAAUCGUCUCUGAGAUGAACACACGACAAGAUGUCAUGGAGGAACGUCUCAGCACGUUGGAGGAGAAGCUGACUUUACUUCAGGAGACGCUCGAAGCUCUGCCUGAGGCCAUUUCACGCUACCUGCCGAUCGUUGUCAAUAAUGCGCCGUUCGGUGGCGCUACCAGCGGCUGGUCUCAGCCGCCGCAGACGGAAAGCAACGGCACCGAGUUACAACGACGACAGCAGUUUCUGCAUCCGGAAUCGACUUACGGCAGCAUCGGCGGAGGGUCGGCUGCAACUAAUUCUGCCGCAGUUGGUGGUGUCACACAUUCGAGAUCCUCUCCCGGUACGUGGACAGCCACUUCUCCCGCGGGAGCGUCCACAUCAACGGCCCUGCCCGUACCUGCGCAACCGCCUCAGCCGCCGCCGCUGCCAUCCAAGCCCAAACUCAGCUAACUCGCUUUAUUUUUUACCUGGACAAGUCAUCCCCCUCUUCUCAUCCAAUUCCCAAUGCGUUCUUAUACAUAUUAAGAUAUACAUAUAUACAAACAUAUUAUUAUUUACGUGAGCUAAUGAGAUCCGUUUUUUUAUGGAACGGCAAAAAGGAAAAAAACAAAUUAGGAUUUCGGGUUUUCUUUGUCUCUCUACAUUUCGUCCCUUUUUUUAAAAUUUUUGCCGGGCAAAGUCAGUUAAAGGAUGUAUAAACAUUUACCAAACGAAUAACUGAAAAAAAUGUAAACGAUUUUCGCUUGUUCAUUAAAAACAAAACAAAUAGCGAUUGGGUCGAAUGUUUGUUUCGUUCGAGUGUCUAUUUUUUUUCCCCACAUCAAUUCAAUUUUCUAUUGGAGAUUGAAACAGAAUUCUCCGUGCUAGGCUAGAGUUUUUAAAAAAAAUCUAUUUACACCUUUUUCUAGGUCAUUCUUUUUCUUUUUGAAUCGAUUCUUUAAAUGACCGGAUGUGCCCGGUGCGCAUCCCCACUAUCGAAACAUGUUCUUUUUCGCCUCCUUCAAUAAUUACAAUCUAUAAUCUUGUACACAUCGUAUCGAACAUACUUACAAAUUAUAUUGAUAAAAGAUAUAAUGUUUUUAUGCUCUCAUUUGUGCCCCGUGUGUGUACAAUAACGAAAGGCGGAGAGGGG